CCGCAGGCCCGGGCGAGCGUCACCAUCACAAAACUCAGCGCUGGGAGGCGAGUUCCGCGCAGCCCAGCGGUUUCCCUACGGAAGGUCCCAGCCCAGAUCCAAGGAACGAGCAUGCCCAGAAUACCUGAGCCCUGAGCGUAGUGCGGCCCAGCAGCGUGCCUCAGUUUGAAAGCUCGGCUCGAACCCAGCGGACUUCAGAGGCAGCGGGUGGCGCAGUUCCCUUGCCCCCUCAGCCCUGUCCCCGCCCCAGACCCUGAGGCAGCCACUUUACCCAGAAGGCUCUGUGUGCAGUCUGUGAAGACCAGCAAGCUUUCCUGUCCUUGGAGCAGGCCCGCCGCCCACAUGUCCACUCUGCUGAUCCAUCAUCCCCAGUAUGCCUGGCUGCAAGACCUGGGGCUCCGCGAGGAUAACGAGGGCGUGUAUAAUGGAAGCUGGGGCGGCCGGGGAGAGGUAAUUACGACCUAUUGUCCUGCUAACAAUGAGCCAAUAGCAAGAGUCCGACAGGCCAGCCUGAAGGACUAUGAAGAAACCAUCGGGAAAGCCAAGAAAGCCUGGGACAUCUGGGCAGAUAUUCCUGCCCCAAAGCGAGGAGAAAUAGUCAGAAAGAUUGGCGAUGCCUUUCGGGAGAAGAUCCAAUUACUGGGAAGACUGGUGUCUUUGGAGAUGGGGAAAAUCCUAGUGGAAGGAAUAGGAGAGGUCCAGGAAUACGUGGACGUCUGUGAUUAUGCUGCUGGCUUGUCGAGGAUGAUCGGGGGACCCACCUUGCCUUCUGAAAGACCCGGCCAUGCUCUCAUCGAAAUGUGGAAUCCCUUAGGCCUGGUGGGAAUCAUCACUGCCUUCAAUUUCCCCGUGGCUGUGUUUGGCUGGAACAAUGCCAUAGCUCUGAUCACAGGGAAUGUCUGCCUUUGGAAAGGAGCACCGACAACGUCCCUCGUGAGUGUAGCUGUCACAAAGAUCAUAGCCCAGGUUUUGGAGGACAACCUGCUGCCCGGUGCCAUUUGUUCCCUGGUUUGUGGUGGAGCAGAUAUCGGCACAACGAUGGCCAGAGAUGAGCGUGUGAACCUGCUGUCCUUCACUGGGAGCACUCAGGUGGGGAAGGAGGUGGCCCUCAUGGUGCAGGAGAGGUUUGGGAAAAGCUUGCUGGAGCUUGGAGGAAACAACGCCAUUAUUGCUUUCGAGGAUGCGGACCUCAGCUUGGUUGUUCCGUCAGUUCUGUUUGCCGCCGUGGGAACAGCUGGGCAAAGGUGCACCACUGUGAGGCGACUGUUUUUGCACAAAAGCAUCCAUAAUGAAGUUGUGGACAGACUGAAAAGUGCCUACUCACAGAUCCGUGUUGGGAACCCCUGGGACCCCAAUAUCCUCUAUGGACCGCUCCAUACCAAACAGGCAGUGAGCAUGUUUGUGAGAGCCGUGGAAGAAGCCAAGAAACAAGGGGGCACAGUGGUCUAUGGGGGCAAGGUCAUGGACCACCCUGGCAAUUACGUGGAACCCACCAUUGUGACCGGUCUUGCCCAUGAUUCGCCCAUUGUUCACCAGGAGACUUUUGCCCCAAUCCUCUAUGUCUUCAAAUUCCAGGACGAAGAAGAGGUCUUUGCAUGGAACAAUGAAGUAAAACAGGGACUUUCAAGUAGUAUCUUUACCAAAGAUUUGGGCAGAAUCUUCCGCUGGCUUGGACCUAAAGGUUCCGACUGUGGCAUCGUGAACGUCAAUAUUCCUACCAGCGGGGCUGAGAUCGGCGGUGCGUUUGGAGGAGAGAAGCACACUGGCGGUGGCCGGGAGUCUGGCAGCGACGCCUGGAAGCAGUACAUGCGGAGAUCCACAUGUACCAUCAACUACAGCACGUCCCUCCCUCUGGCUCAGGGAAUCAAGUUUGAGUGAUACUGCGUGCGCUUGGCGUCGCUUAGCCAUUCCUGUGGCUGCUUGGAAGAAGCCUGAGAGGACUCUGACUUGCCCCGGAUAAAUGAUCGCUUUGAGUACAGACAGCAGUGUCUAAUCUCCAGUGAUUCCCAGACCCCUGUCUAAAUCAAGAUACUCAUUUAUCAAAAGUUCAAAAUUAAAUAUUCACGACCUAGCUGCAUUUAGCAACAGAUAGGUUUGGUGAGUUUUUAUGUUACUAAUUACUUUUUUAUUACAGCUAAUCACUUCUUAGUGAAGUACAUGCCAUCAUAGGAGGCUGGGGCCAUGGAAAAUGGAAUAGGGAGGAAGAAGUCUUUGCAGUGGAGACAUGUCUUCUAAGCACGGCUGAAUCCUCAUGGUCCCCUCCUGGCAGGGGUUGAAGGGGAGACGUACCCCUCACAUACUGGAGACCUUAGCACAGUUUCAUGUACAUGAUUUGCAGUGCUCCAAAUGACAAUGGGCCAUUUUUGGGUGAGGUGAGGAAGUUAACACUGUUGUGAAUGGUUGCUGGGAUGUGUAAACCCCUGGGAACUUUGGGACUGAAGUUGCUCAUGAAAGCACAUCUGGAUGCCUGAGUCACCUCAGGCUUCUGCAGCUGCUCAUGGGUUUCUUCUCUGGGAAGGUCACUGCUGAGAGGCUAAGGUCUCACUGGGAAGCUGUGCUGGGCCCAGCGGUCCCUGUUCUCCUGUGGUGCUGUUGCUCUGUACUUCUGUGUAGCAGUCACCACUGGGCCUGCUCCUGCCACAUCGGGCUCCUGGAGAAACCUUUAGGGAAUAGGACAUUGUAGGCCUCAUGAGUUGUCAUGGUGUGGAAAGAUUUGGACAAUAGUAAGAAAUCUGGGGGACUGACAGUAUGGGGAAGAAGCAGGUGGGACACUAAUGCUAACAUAUUAAAUAAUAUGGUAAUAUACCUUUAUAUAAUUAAAUUUGUAGUAGAUUUGACUAUAAAAAUCAAAGGGGCUGUGAAUAUAGCUUGGUUAGGUAGGCUGCUUGCCAUUCAAUGCCUGGGAUUCCAUCUCCAGCACUGCACUAAAUUCAUACAAAUACAUGCAUUUAAGUCAGAUCUGUUAUAAAGCUGUAAAUGUGUGUUCAUACUGCUCCAUUGUCACCUGUGAGUAGGUAGCAUUGACCUGGGCAUGUCCUUGCCAUCGCUGGAUACGAGCCAAGCCAGGUACUGAUGAUGGACCUGGGUGUUUGGUUGAGAACAGUGAGGGCAGGGAACAGUUCAUUUCCUAUGAAAAACCGACAGUGCCCCCGGUUACUAGUAAGAAAGUGACGUGGCUUGCUAAGGUCUGUAGGUGGGCUCUGAACCAUUGCUUACCGCCAGGACACAUCACUCUUUUUCAUAACACACACCGAAUGCAAUGAGCUGGCCAGUGUCUGAUGCCUGCAGUAGAAUUUUUUUUUUUCUUGAGGCAGGAUUCUGGUUUUGGCCAGUGAGGGUGUGGGUUUGUAGUCCUGUGUCACCACCCAGCUUUAUUCUUUAAAGCAAGAGAACAUGAAAUUUUGGAAAAAGUUAAAGAGGAAAACGAAGUUGGAGAAUCACGAACAGGAGUAUGGAGUGUCCUCCAUACCAGAUAAAUGGGCACAGUGGCACACACCUGAGAUCCCAGCGUCUAGCCCAUCCUGCGAAACCUGAGAUCAUGUUAUGAUGAACAAAACAGACCAUAAAUACAGUCCGGAUCGUGCUGUAACCCUGGCUGGCCUUGAACUCUGACCCACCUGUGUCUGAUCCCCACCCCUGCCCCCCACACCCCCUAGUGCUGGGGUUAGAAGUCUGCACCAUUGCACUUGGCCACUGCUCAUUUUGCUCAAAAACACUUCACACUUUCAAAUAAAUGUUUAAGGAGCUAUGAUGAUGUGGCCACACAUGACAGUGACCUUGAUGCACAGUGUUCUGAAGGUGACAAGGAGCUAGAAUCUUAGCCAAAGCUGAUUCUGAACGUUUCCUUUGAAAUUUCAUAAGUUUUAUGUGUUUCUAUCACAAGGCCUCUAUCUUUGUCAUCAUGGUUUUAUUAAACUUUUGCUUCUAA